GCUUUGUGCAUUCCUUUCUUCCAAUGCAUCCAAAGCACCAUUAAUCCUUCAAGCAAAAUACUUACAAGUUUUGACUGUCUCAGGGGCUGGGCAAUCAAAAUCAAGUCUUCUCUUUUCUUCAGAAAUCGAUUUCGAUUUUGUGGGGAAAGGAUACAUUUUUGCUUUUUCUUCUUCUUCUGGUUGCGCAUUUCAGCGAUGCGGGAAGUGGAAACAUCGGCAAUCACAGCUCCUCCACAAUUCUCUGCGAUGUUUCAGAAACUAGCCAUGGCGGUCAAAACCAAGACAUACGAGUUCUUCACCGAAGACGGCGAGAGGGUCGGCGUCGAUUCCGAUGCGGAGGGCUUCGCACUCCUUGACUCUGCCGAAGAUUUCAUCACCGAUCAGAAAGUCGUCGUCCUCAAACCCGAUAGACCUCUUAGUGCCAAAACCCCUUCUCCAGGAUCUCCGGUGAAUGAUGCUCAGACGAGGAUUCUGGUUAAACCUAAUCAAGUGAAGCUUUCUCAGGUUAGGAAAUUGGAUACCCAGAUGGGAUUGAGUUUGAUUUCUUCGGUUUUCGCGACGGUAUCGUCUUUUGAAGCUUCGUAUCUUCAGUUGCAAGCCGCACACGCGCCGUUCGUCGAGGAAAGCGUCAAGGCUGCUGAUAGAGCUCUCGUCUGUAACCUCCAGAAAUUGUCUGAUUUGAAGCAAUUUUAUAGAAACUAUCGGCAAAGUUUGGAUUUUGAGUCUGAUUUAGCGAUUGGGUCAUGUUUAGAAUCUCGGGUGCAGGAGAAUCAGAGCAAGCUUAGAGCUUUGGAAACGGUGUCAAACCGGUUACAAGCUGAGAUGGACGCAAAGGAUUUGCAAGUGUGGAGUCUGAGGAACAAAUUGGGUGAGAUUCAGAAAUCUAACUCGAAGUUGUCAAAGAGAUUGUCUGCAAAUUCCAAAUCAUCAUCCACGGAUGUUCUGUUAUCGGUUAGGGUUUAUGAGUCUCUAUUGCAUGAUGCCUUUAAAGCUAUACAGAAGUUCACUAAGAUUCUGAUUGAAUUGAUGGAAAAAGCUGGGUGGGAUUUGGAUUUAGCGGCAAAUUCUGUUCAUCCUGAGGUAGAGUAUGCGAAGAAGGGACAUAAUAGGUAUGCAUUGUUGUCGUAUGUUUGCUUGGGGAUGUUUCGAGGUUUUGAUGAAGAAAGAUUUGGUCUAAAUGAGAAUGAUGAAGAAGAAUCUGAGACGUGUUCUUCAGGUUCUUCGUUGAGGGAACUGAUGCAGCAUGUAUCGAGCAAUCCAAUGGAGCUUCUUGAAAGAGAUAAAGAUUGUGGAUUCUCUAGAUUUUGUGAUAGCAAGUAUCACGAGCUCAUUCACCCGAACAUGGAAUCUUCGAUAUUCAGCAACAUGGAUCAAACCGAAGCGGUGUUGAGUUCUUGGAGAUCACUGAGCACAUUCUAUGAGUCUUUCGUCACAAUGGCUAGCUCUAUUUGGACACUUCACAAGUUGGCCUUGUCCUUUGACCCUGCGGUUGAGAUUUUCCAAGUUGAGAGCGGAGUGGAUUUUUCGAUUGUUUUCAUGGAGAAUGUCUUAAAAAGAAGACAAGAUAAGAAGUUGUCGAUGAAUCCUACUCGAGCCAAAGUAGGAUUUACUGUAGUUCCCGGGUUUAAAGUCGGGUGCACGGUGAUCCAGUCUCAAGUUUACCUUACCGGCUUCAAAUGUAAAUGAAAGAGACCAAUGGUUAAACCGUCGCUCAAAAGCUUCUACUGGGACUUGGCAGCUCGAUGACUACAAGUGUUAUAACCUUUUUACCUUCUUACGUAUGUUGAUUAACUGUGUUCUUCAAGUUUGGUUUGAGUUCUUGAUUGCGUUUAAAGUGUAUAGAAAGCUAUGUUGAUUUUUUCUUCCUUGGGAUCAGAACUAAGUUUGAAUUGCAAAGAAUUAAUUUGUUUAUCUUCAUCUUAGUAAAGCUGUAAUAGAUUGAUUA